GACAUUCAUGUAUAAAAGUCUGUGCUGUGCGUGUCAUCCCCGCCAGAUUACCAUGGAACCCAGAUUGAUCAGAGAGCCAUCGUAAUUCGCAAAAAACCACAAAAAAAUACCUGCGGCCACAAAUGGGCUAGUCUCUUAUCUACCCCGCUAAGGUUAACCGUUCUUUCCAAAUGUACCGAUUAACCUUCAACUCUUGCCUACCUGCUCCUGCCACCAAGAUCCAUAUCAACUACACAGCAACAUAGCUUGGUUCCGAUAGACAAUUACUCAUCCGUCAUAUAUCCCUUGUCUUCAGUAUUCCUGUCUGACGGCCAUCAAUUUCAUCGGCCAUCCAGCAUCUUUUCCUGGGCUCUCUCCAAGAUUACACAGUCACCCAUUAUUACUCCAUCUCAGCCUCGAUUGAAUCAUGAAUUCGAGACAGCAUAGUACUACCACUAGUAGGGCCAACCGAGUCCAGAAGCAGCCACGUAUCUACACUUGCUCGGUGUGCCAGAGAGUGUUUAAGAGAAGUGAGCAUUGUUCAAGGCAUGAACGUGGCCAUACCCAGGAAAAACCAUUCCCUUGCAGAUUAUGCGGUCGGAGAUACGCGCGAAAGGAUGUCGUCAUACGACAUGAAAAGUCUUUUCACCGCGUCGAAAAUCCACGACGUCAACAACCUCCUCCCCCCUUACAACCAUCAUCUCCAGAUUUAGAUGCUGAGUCUGAACCAUUCGCAGAUUCGAUGGUUGCUAAUGCGCAAAAUUAUACUACUGAGCCUCGGCUCCCCCAGAUGCCAACAAAACUCGACCAUCAAGAUUCACCAGAGAUGCAAUCUACGCUAGAUCCUCUACUACGGGAACAUGAUGCACAAUUAGCUGGGCAUUCCAGUUCAUCUGGCCCUCAAAUGAAUGGACAUGGUGGUCCAAAUCACGGAUUUCAACAAUAUCAAAAUGGUUUCAUAGAUCCCGCCUUGGAUAUCUCUGAUCUCUUUGGACCAUCCCCAAAUCUGAUAGCUCGAACCUGACAAUCACAGUAUCCUUUGCAAAAAAUGCAAUAAAUUUCAUAACUUCUUAAACAUCUUAUGCAGCACAACGACAUUACGAUAAAGGCAAUUUUGGGGACUGGGAUAUCACGAUCCGGUGUUGUGGGAUAUAUACAAAUGACAAGGUCUGAGACAUUUCGAUUAAUGAUCUCGAGUGCACAUUUGAAGGGAAAUGCUGUCAACCUUGAGAUGUUUACUACACUGGCAUAGAGGUUUUGCUUAGAGAUGUGUUUAAUCAUCUCAUCUUUUCUUUUGGGAAACCUGCAUACACAGCUUUCAGACAAGCAAGUCAAUGGUAAAUUUCACUGGAAGGGGGUUUCGGUAUUUAAUUUCUUUGAGAAGAUACCAUGUUUGUGCCCCUCAAGAGCACCUCACUUAUUUCUAAGCGAUUAGCUCAAUUCAGAAGUUUCGAGAUUUAAUGAAUGCAAUCCACAAUGUGCUUGUGAAGCCGUUUACUUUCUUUAUCUCGAUGAACAGCGGAAUGUUGGCAAUCGGCUUCUUUGUUCCCUUCGUCA